UAAUUUUAAAAGAUUUGAAGAUUAAAUUGAGAGUGAAUUAAAAGAAGAUUAGGAAGUUCUUGUUUCACUCGCUUUCCAGUUGAAGGUGUGUUCCUAUUUAUCUAAUCUGUAAAAUCAUCCGGAAAAUUCAUCGGAUCGUCCGUGGUUCACAAAUUCAAACCCUAAUCCAAUCUUUUCUCUGCCCUCAACCACCAAAAUGAGUCUCCGAUUGAUUCCCAAUUCCGGCGAUUGCUGUCUCCUUCGUCGUACCACCGUCGUCUCGAAGAACAAUCUCCAGAAAAAGAAUCGCGUUACCGUUUCCUCAGCAGCCAAACACAAUCCUUCUCUUUCCCUCCGCAUUGAAUCGAGAAUCAGAAGCCAUGUUUCGGAGGUAAAUGUACCAGUGGAGGUGGAGAUAAAGCUUCGCCUCGCAGAUUCUUCAUCUCACCAGAAACUCUCCGAUCUGCUCUCCUCAUAUCACCUCAAAACGCACGUUCAAGAGAACGUCUUCUUCGACGGCGCGAACGCCGAGCUCUACUCCAACCUCGCCGUCCUCAGGAUCCGAUUCUACGACGACGACAGCCACUGCGUACUCUCUCUCAAAGCGAAACCUGUAAUCUCCGGCGGAAUCAGCCGCAUCGAGGAGCACGAAGAGCCGCUCGAGCCGACGGUCGGCCGCGCCUGCGUCGCCGAUCCGGAUCGCCUGCAAUCAAUUGAAUCAUCGAAGAUAAUGGAGAGAGUGAGGGAAGAGUAUGGGAUUGGGAAAAUUGGAUUUGUUUGUUUAGGAGGAUUCAGGAACGUGAGGCAGGUUUAUGAAUGGAAGGGAUUGAAACUGGAAUUGGAUGAAACGAUUUUCGAUUUCGGAAUAAAUUACGAGAUCGAAUGCGAGAGUGAGGAGCCGGAGCGGGAUAGAAAUUUGUUGGAAGAACUUUUGAAGGAGAAUGGGAUUGAUUAUUCGUAUUCGGAGACUUCGAAAUUCGCAGUUUUUCGAUCGGGGAAGUUGCCACAAUUCUGAAACUUUCUACCAGUGGGAGUUACGAAUUUAUAUGGUUUUUUUUUCUUGUCAUUUAAUUUUAUUUUUCGUUGAAUUAUAAAAAGUUUAAUAAA